UUUUUGGGCUGCUACAGUACACAGGGUGCAGGACCAUGCUUUUUCCCAGACAAAUUUGUAUGUUUUAUCUUGUUGUAUUGGUAAAUGCUGCCGAGCCGGACGUUUCUGGAAAGAAUAGCGGCUGUAUGUAUGGUCACCCCGGAAUCCCAGGAGACCCGGGACACAAUGGAAUGCCAGGUCGUGAUGGCAGAGAUGGGGCCAAAGGUGAUAAAGGAGAUAGAGGGGACAUAGGAACAUGUGGGGAAACUGGUAAAAUUGGUCCAAAAGGAGAUAAAGGAGAACCUGGUAUUCCUGGCAUAGCUGGUAUAAAGGGCAAACGUGGUGAUAAUGGAGAGAGGGGCUCACCUGGGAAAAUGGGGCCCCAAGGCUUUUCUGGGCCACUAGGUUUGAAAGGUCAUAAAGGAGAACUGGGUUUGCCAGGACCACAGGGCAUCAAAGGGGAGGAGGGGCCAGUAGGUCCAGAAGGGCCAAAAGGGGACACUGGCGCUAAGGGAGACAGGGGCUUAAUAGGUCCUCUGGGGCCCCCAGGACGGCCAGGUCCGAAGGGUGAUUUCGGCCCUCCUGGUAUCAAGGGCAGCAUUGGUGUACAUGGUGAUAAAGGCUCAAAAGGGGAUAUUGGGAAGCCAGGUCCAAAGGGUGACAUGCCUGAGAUACCAAAAAGUGCUUUUUCAGUCGGAUUGACUGAAAACACCAAAAUACCUCCUGCUAACGCACCAAUUCGUUUUAAUAAGAUCAUUUAUAACCGGCAAGGUCACUAUGACACUGAGACCGGACGCUUUACGUCUGCUUUCAGCGGAGCAUAUUUUUUCACCUACCAUAUCACCGUCUACUCUCGCAAUGUAAAAGUGGCACUGGUUAAGAAUGGUCAGCGAAUGAUUCACACCAUGGACAACUAUCAAAAUGGUGAAGACCAGGCUGCGGGAGGGGCAGUCCUUCACUUGGAGGCCGGAGACAAGGUUUGGCUACAAGUGGCUGAUGGGGAGCUAUUCAACGGGCUGUAUGCCGAUGAAGAUGAUGAUACUGUUUUUUCUGGGUUUCUCCUAUUUGCAACAUAAAGUAGCCAGAAGAGCACUUCUGGUAAUUGGA